AUUCUGAUCACCUACCCUCUGGCUAUGAGCUAAUCGUUUACUGGUCUGAAUAAAAAAGAAUGGGGUUAAAUGUAAAAAUUUAAAGAAAAUAUAUGGAAAAUAUACAUAUUAGGUAUUGUUUAAGCUUUAAACUUAUAUAAUUAUGGUGAUUGGAGCAUUUCCCGCUGCUAAACUAGGAGCCUUAUUACUGAAACAAGUUAGUAAACCGAUUGCCAAUGUGGUUAAGAACCAAGCAAAAAGUUCACCAGUUUUUCGUAAAUAUGUAUGUAUGCCUCCAGCCCAAUUCUAUAACUGGUGUGAGAUAAAGUCCAAAAUGUGGAUACUUAAUUUAGGCAAACCUGUAAAUAUUCCUGUUCUAAAUGAAGCACAGGCAAUUGAAUUAGGGGCUAAUUUACUUGGAGAAGCAAUUAUAUUUAUUAUUGCUGCAGGAAUACUACUUAGCGAAUAUAACAGAUCUUCAAAUAAAGAAGCAGCAAAAGAACAAGCAAGAAUACAAGAAUUAUUAGAUUUACGGAAUGACAUUAAAGAGUUGUACAUUCAAGCAGAAGAAGAAAGAGCUCAAAUACGGGAAUUAUUUAGAAAACUUGGUGAUCAGCAUACUCAGUUGCAAUCUCUAGCUGAAAAAUUAGGUGCUAAACCCAAGAAAGUAUCAGCUCCAUCAGAGAGUUCUAAUGAACCGCCGCCUUAUUCACCAGUUUAUGAUGAUCCUAGUCUAAAGAAUAUUGAAAAACCACCAGAACUAUAUCAGCUUAGCAGUGUUAGAUUUCAAUCCAGCACGUCUCCCGUUUUACUGUUUAGAGCAGUUGAUGAUAUAUUAAAUUUUUUCACUAGUCCAGCUACGAUUAAAGAAACUACACACCUCUCUCAUGCAUUAGAAUAUCUAAGUCGAAUAUUUAAAUUUUGAUCUUAUUCUGUAUGUUUAAAUAAGUGUAUAUAAUAGUAAUUUAUUAGGCUUUUUAAAUUUUACUCGUGAAUACUGGUUGUAAAUAAAUGUUAUCUAAUUGCGGAAUAUACAUGUUAUGUUUUGA